CGACCGGGCGAUCAUUCCUGCCUGUCGAGACUUUUCUCGGUACUGUCUUCCUCUGUCCUUCGGUUCUGCCAUCGUUUCUCGCCUCACAUGGCGCCCCCUCAUGCUCUCAGGCUAUCCCACAGCCUGCUCCUGGCACUGUCUGUAGCAUCUACAGUCAGCGCACAGGAACCCAAAGUCGGAUGGCACGCUGAAGGUUGCUAUACCGACUCCGUCCAAGCAAGGUCGCUGUCGGCACCCUUUGGAGUAACUGGUGGCAUGACGAACCAGAAAUGCAGAGAUGCAUGCCGAACAGCAUUCUUCACCUAUGCUGGUACCGAGUAUGCCGGAGAAUGCUUCUGCGACAACCAAUUGCGGAAUCAAGGCCGACCGGCUCCCGACGGUAACACGGGAUGCAACAUGGCCUGUAACGGGAACCAAACAGAAAUAUGCGGAGGUCCUGACCGAUUGACCUUGUGGAGGUUCUACACAGGCAAUGAAGUCAGCACCUCAUCCUCUGCUGUUUCCAGUGCUCCAGUUUCCAGUCCGGCCGUUUCCAGUGCUGCCGAUUCCAGUGCUGCCGCUUCCAGUACUGAAGCUCCCGCUACUACCACCACACCUACGACUACUGCUCAAGCCAGCACGUCCAGCGCCCCACCAGCUGCUAGCGGUCUUCCUCAAGGCUUCGAAUACAAGGGUUGCUACGUUGAUGGACCUGGAUUCCGUAUUCUCAACAACCAACAACCCGAUGACCAGCAGAUGACAGUUGCAUCAUGCACCAGGAAAUGUGCCCAGGCCGGUUUUGAGAUCGCUGCCAUGGAGUAUAGCUACCAGUGUUUCUGUGAUAACUUUGUCAGGAUGGGAGGCGCACUGGCUCAGUCCGAGUCCGAGUGCAAUACCAAAUGUGCCGGAAAUCAAGCCGAGACAUGUGGAGGUCCCAACAGGAUGAGCAUCUAUUCCAGCCAGGAUCCCCUCAAGAUUUAUCAGCAACCAAAGCCCAUACAGACUGUGGGUGGCUGGAAGUACCAAGGCUGCAUCACUGAUAUCGGUGGCCAAGUUUUCCCGUGGAAGUCUGUCAACGAGACUGGCAAUUCACCAGAAUGGUGUCUUAACAAGUGUCAAGAAUUCGGCUUCAUGUAUGCUGGAUUGGAGUAUGGCCAGGAGUGCUUCUGCGGUGAUCUGGAUGGCAUCGAGAAAGCCGGUUCCAAGCCCGCCCCUGAGUCAGAAUGUAACAUGUCAUGCCCCGGUGCACCUGAGGCAAUCUGCGGCCAGGGUAACCGUCUGUCCUAUUACAAGUGGGAGGGGGCUGAUCCACUGUAUGUGUGGAACUACCCCAAAGGCAACGCGGCUGGACGUUAUGAGUUCUUGGUCGGUGGUCCAAUUAUUCCAUUGAUCUCGCAGCCCGCAGUCAAUGGCAAAAUUUCUCUCCUCGAGAAGUACGGAACUGGAGAGCCCAACUCAACCGGUGCUUACGAGCUCGACCCUUCGAUUGGAGGUGACAUCUUCCACGCCUUCCGUGAGUUGACCGGUAUUAAGACCGACAUCUUUUGCGCUGCUGGUUUGACUCUACCUGACCGUGCUGGUCGCCAGAUCAACAUUGGUGGCUGGUCAACUGAUUCCUUGUUCGGUGUGCGCAUGUACACGCCAGACGGCACGCUUGGCGUCAACGGUACCAACAACUGGCAGGAGGAUGUGAACACCGUGAAGCUGCAACAAGGUCGCUGGUAUCCUACCGGUCUCCUUAUGGCUAAUGGUUCAAUGCUUAUCGUCGGUGGCCAGGACGGCUCUAACGGUCCCCCCGUGCCGAACAUGGAGAUCCUACCCAAGGCUGGAGCAGUCAAGCACGCACAGUACUUGCAAGACACUGACCCAUACAACCUGUACCCCUUCCUUGUCGUACUUCCAUCCGGUGGUAUCUUCAUCCAGUACUACAAUGAAGCCCGCAUCCUGGACGAGGUCACUCUCGACACCAAGACCAUUCUGCCAAAGGUUCCGGCUGCUGUCACCGACCCUACAGGAGGCCGAACCUACCCAUACGAGGGUACUCAGGUUCUCCUUCCUCAGCACUACCCUUACACCGAUCCUCUUGAGGUUCUCAUCUGCGGUGGCGCAGCAAAGAACCCGCGCUAUGGACUUGACAACUGCGUCAGCAUGGCACCAGAUGUUGCCCAACCCAAGUGGACAAUUGAGCGUAUGCCAUCCCGUCGUGUCAUGUCCUGCAUGGCGUCUCUCCCAGAUGGCACUUUCUUGAUCCUGAACGGAGCCGAGAUUGGUGAAGCUGGUUUUGGUCUCGCUGAAAGCCCUAACCUGAACGCUGUCUUGUACGACUCCAGGAAGCCCAAGCACCAACGCAUGAGCGUCAUGGCCAACACCACCAUUGCGCGCAUGUACCACUCCGAGGCUGUAGUAAUGGACGACGGAAGAGUUCUUGUGUCUGGCUCAGACCCGCAGGACAACGUGAACCCCCAGGAGCAUCGAUUGGAGGUCUUCCUUCCCCCAUACCUCCUCUCUGGAAUCCCGCAGCCAACCUUUGAUCUUCCUCAGAAUGACUGGAACUGGGAGGCCGACUACUCUUUCACUGUCACAUCUAGCGCAGGUGGACCCAUCAAGGUGUCGCUUAUGGGAGCCGAGUCCAGUACGCACGGUAGCUCCAUGGGUGCACGUAUCCUCUUCCCUCAAGUUACAUGCUCAGGAAACGCUUGCUCCGUCAAGGCGCCCAAGGGACCAUAUAUUGCACCACUCGGCUGGUAUCGUAUGUUUGUCCUUGCGGGAGACAUCCCUUCGCACGCCAAAUGGAUCCGACUCGGUGGUGAUCCUGCCGGCCUAGGAAACUGGCCUGAUGUUCCGGCUUUCAGGCCAUUGCCCGGUGUGGGACCCGUUCGUGCAGCCAAUGCUCCUACGACCAGGUCAGAGCCCGUUGUGGCUCGUAGCUUCCGCGGUUGAAGCAACUGAUGGAUGACAUCCGUCCCCUAAUGACCUUUCUCCCAUACUAAUCCUUUAUGUGUGUCGUCCCUACUAAGGGGACUGCAGUUCCUUGACUGCAAGUAGUCAUAAUUGUAAUUUCAUGUAACGACCCCA